AUGGACCCCGAUAGAGCAGUUGGGAUGGAUUGUAGAAUGGAAACCACACUUCUAGCUAGUGCUGGCACAAAAGCAUCCAACGCAGGAUUCUCUUUUCCUUUUGUUGCUGACAAUCAAUGGACUUUCGAUCAGUUUAGAUCUGCCAUAGCUGCUAAAUAUCCAUGGGGUCUAUACGAUGCAGUGGAAUUCAGGUACUGGGACAUUGACAAAUCAGCAUGGGUCCCUGUCCAGUGUGAUGAUGAGCUUGGUAUCAUGUUUGCAAUACAUGAUUCUUUCCCUGCUAAACUAGAAAUCAGUGUCAUACAAAGGGAGAGAGGAGAGCCAGAGAGCAGAGGAACAAGAUCUCAGUCUAGGUCUACAGGUAAAGGUAGAACUAGCCAAUCAAGGGGCAAAAAAGCAACAACUCAUAGUGGAGGCAGCAGUUCCAUGCAGGCACCAGGAACACCUACUGUAGAAGUUCCUAGGCAUGCAACUCCCUCUCAUAAUAAAGAUUCAGGUGACCCAUACACUGAAGAGGGACUACCAGAUGAUUGGCCAAGUGAUGAUGAGGAUGAAAGGUUGUUUCCACAGUUUGUAACAAGGAAGAAGGGCAAGGAGAAAGAUGACGAGGGGGAAGAUUAUGUUCCACCCCCUGAAGGCAUGUUUGGUGAGGCAGGUGAAGAUGAGAAAGAGGAGGAUAAUGACAUGGGGUACUCUGAAACAUCUGAUGAGGAAAGACCAGAUGUGCAAUACAAUAGAGAUGAUCCUUCUUUGAAAGAGGGAACAAUAUUUUCCAGUGCAGUAGACUGUAGAAAUGCCCUUGCAACCUUCUCAAUAAAGACUCAAAGUGAAUUUGUGAUAGACAAGAGUGACAGUACUAGGUUGACAGUGCAUUGUGCUUAUAAGAGGUGUCAAUGGAGGAUGCAUGCCUCCUUAAUGAGACACAACACACUGUUUCAGGUAUUAAUAGUGCAUUGUGCUUAUUAA